GUCACAAGCUCAACAAUCCAAGCUAAUACUACCAAACAAUCAGCUAGCUUACACUUCACUGAUCAGAUCAGUAGUCACACAGUAUACACUUGUCGUUGCGUGUGCAAUGGCUCCUCGCGUUGCCGUUGUGGCGGUGGUGGCCGUGCUGGCUGCGCUGGUGGCGGCGGAGACGGCGUCGGCGGCCGUGAGCUGCAGCGAGGUGACGUCGGCGGUGUUGCCGUGCCUGGGUUACGCGACGGGCAGCGCGGCGUCCCCGUCGUCGGCGUGCUGCAACGGGGUCAGGUCCCUCAGCGCCAGGGCCUCCUCCACCGCCGACCGCCAGGCGGCCUGCACCUGCCUCAAGAGCAUGACCGGGGGGCUCGGCGGAGGCGGCGCCAGCAUGGGCAACGCCGCCAACAUCCCAAGCAAGUGCGGCGUCAACGUCGGCGUACCCAUCAGCCCCAACGUCGACUGCUCCAAGAUUAACUGAUCAGAAGGUGGCAGGGCAUCAUAUGGAUGGAUGUCGGUUAUCAGAUUCGGAGCAGUGAUCACUCGUGUUUACUACCUUCCCUUUACACCAUAUAUGCAUCUAUACAUCUCUGUCGUCGUCGUACCAGCUGCUAGGCCAGCAAUACAAUCCUUGCCUUGUUCAUGGGUUUGCUGGGCCUCUGUUUUUCCUGUUGCUGCAUAUGCUUCGUUAUAGGCAGGCAGCUCUCCGAAUGAAUAAACUCUUUGUAUCGGAUCCGUAUGCGCCA